AUGUGUCGUCAGUCCAGCCACUGUUUUACACACCUUCUAGCUGUGCUAUUUCCAAUUCAACCUACCGCUGUGAAUUUUUCCGGCGAGCACAACAAUCUUUUGGCUGCUGCUGUAUUCCAGCCCACACUGUUGCUGUAUUCAACCCCUGCUGCUGCCGCAUUCCAACCUUGCUGCUGCUGUAUUCCGCCCGACACGCUGCUCCAACAACCAGCUUCCGGCACCGACCACCGCAGAGCCCCCUCUAUCACAUUCCACGUUGUUUUCAUCAUUUUAUUUUGGCUCAAAAGCGAAGACUUUGACACAAGUGCUCUUGUCUCCCUUUCUACCACUGAGUAUAAUGAGUACCUACAUCUGAAGGCUCAAAAGCAAACAUCUUCACCUAUUGGCUAUAUGAUGUUGAGACUGCAUCUGGACGAGGAAAAACUUUUGGAUGCUGUAUGUCUUGAAAAAGACGUGGAUGGUUUUCAUCCUAUUAAUAUGGGGAAUCUUGCUCUAAGAGGAAGGGAACCAUUGUUUAUUCCUUGUACUCCAAAGGCCUGCAUUGAGUUGUUGAUCAGAUCCGGAGUUAAGAUUGCAGGCAAGAGGGCGGUAGUGAUAGGAAGAAGUAAUAUUGUUGGUCUACCAACAUCAUUAUUAUUACAGAGACACCAUGCAACAGUCACCAUCAUACAUGCAUAUACUGAAAACCCUGAACAGACCACGUCAGAAGCUGAUAUUGUAGUUUCAGCUGCCGGAGUUCCUAACUUAGUCCGUGGGAACUGGAUAAAGUCUGGUGCAACUGUGAUCGAUGUUGGAACAAAUCCUGUCGAGGAUCCUAGCUGCGAGGAUGGUUAUCGUCUAGUUGGUGAUGUAUGCUUUGAAGAAGUCAUAAAGGUGGCAUCAGUUAUUACUCCUGUGCCUGGUGGGGUUGGACCUAUGACAGUUACUAUGCUUCUACUAAACACUUUAGAUUCUGCUAAACGUAUGCUUAAUUAUACUUGA